CAGCGCUGAUUCCAAAAACUUCACGACAGAGAAAGCUGCCUUGUUCUUGCGCAGUCAACAAUCUUUUUUUCCCGUCCCUUUCUUUGAAAAAAUAAAAUAAGAACUUGUGGGUAACCUGACCCAGCCCUCUGCUCACUCCAAAGAGAGAGAGAGAGAGAGAGAGAGGUUGGCGGGUAAAGGACGUCUUUUUGAGGUAAGGGGUUUUUGGGAGAGAGACCAACAACCAACCAUCUUUGGUCUUCUUGUUGUUCUUCUUGUUCUUCUUCUAAAUCUUCUCAUUGUCUUUGUCCUGCUUCUCCUAUGCGUUAAAAGGGAUUAAGUGCUAGUUACUGUUCUUCCGGUAUUCAAUAUUUAAUUUCUUUGGUCUGUCUCCUUAAUUUGCGCCACCCUCUCUCUUUCUCUCUCCGUAUCAUAUCCGUAUCAUAUCCAAGUUUGCCGUAAGUCCAAAGUUCCUGCAUCCAUCCCAAGGUCUCUCUGCCUCGCUUCAGCGCUUCUCCAAAAUUUUUCAGGUUUGGAAAGUAGUGGCUAAAAAUUACUCUGUCAAGCUGGUUCGGGGAACCGUUGUCUCUUUUGUGGGAUUACAUGGGAAAGCACAAGCAGCCUACUGUACAAUUAGGGGGCAAUCCCCCUGGAUGCAUGUGGGGCAUUUUUCAAAUUCUUGAUUACCAUUACUGGCGAAAUGUCAAAAAGAUAUUGCCACACAAACGGCACGACAGCAGAAGAAAUGCCCGUGGCACAGGAAGUAGGACAGCAGCCUUGAACGACUGGGAUUCCGACAAUGACCAAAAAAUAAUGAAUUCUGAAGUGAACCCUGUGCUUGUUAAACAGAGCACCAUAAAAAAUACCAUGAUCAAAAGAAGGCAUAGCAAAACCCUGAUUAGAGCAUUAAUCGCUGAAGAGAUGUCAAAGAAAGAGGACCAUGCACAUGGAGUCUCAGCUAGCCCAUUGAAGCAAACUAAUUCAAGCCAUCAUUUAGAUCCUUUGGGCCAUUUCAUUGGUGAAGAAAGUGACGGUUGGGGACUUCCAUAUGUUCUCCUUCAUAACAAUGCUGACGCAUUGGCUACAAAAUUGGAGAAUCCACCUCUGCCUAAGGCUGCUGAUGAGUUGGUUGCCUGCAAUAACAAGCAUGAUUUGUCGGGUGACACGAAGGAUGUGGAAUUAUUGGGGAAUAAUCCCCUUGAAGAGAAGCAUGCACAUUUCCCAGAGGAUUUGAAAUCUAGAACUUUUAUAAACCAGAAGCACAAGGGUGCUAAUCAACUUGACAAAGAUGUCACGCAUCACCGCUUUGAUGCUCUGGAGAUAUUUCAGGUAAACAAGGAUUUAUUCCUAGGAAUUAGACAAAGAAUAAAAGAAGCAAUCAAGAAGAGCAAAAAGGAGAAUAGCCACAUAACCAUGGAUGCAAUCCUCCAUAGAGUUCCUUAUGGAUGCACACUUCCCCCAGGUGAGAAAGAUGCAUUUGAAGAAAGGUGGAAGGAAAGCAAGGUGUGCCAGGAUGGGAAAGACAACCCCAAAACUUGCCAUGAUGGUCCUGUUCAUGACUUCGAUAAAGUCUGUCACUUCAGAAGAACAUCCUCUCUAAAUGAAUCACUGGAUAGAUAUGCUCAGUUGUUCGAGCGUAGUUUCAGCAGGGAUUAUAAGCUCUCUGUCUCCAAGAGCUUAAAGUUGACCAAGGAAGAUGAGUUUCCAUCAAAUAGGGUUAUUUCAAAGUCCUUCAGAAGGAUUCUCUCCCUGCAUGAUCUUGAGUCUUACUGCUCUCUUCAAAAUGAGGUUUCUGUAGAUGCACUUUGCGCAGGCAUGCCAAACAUAACUACUAGGGAUAGCACUAAAAAUAUUGGAAGUGAUAAAAGUGAUGGCAAAAAAUUGGUGAGUCCUAUUUGUGUAGAGAAAUUUGCACCUCUAGAUGCUGGUCAUUGUAGUGUUGAACAUCCUGCUGGGUUGGCAGUGAAUAUAAAUGACAGGGAAACAGUGGGCGAGCUUAGUGAAAAUAUGGAUGAGGCAAAAACUGGGGAAUGCACUGUUCACAAAGAAUGUUAUAUUGAUUCUGCAGCGGAUGACAGGACUGAGCUUGAGCAACCAACUCCAGUUUUGGAUUUUCCAACAUCAGAAGGUCUGGAGUCAAAGUCCAGGUGCAUUCAUUUGGAUAAGUCACAUUCUUUUGUCAACUCAGAAACCAUGUCCAGCAUGGAAACCUUAACAGGAUCAUGCAGCACAGAGAAUCUGGAAAGCGCAGAGAUGAAUACCAAUGAUAACUUCCAGCAUGCAGAAUUGUUUAAGGAUGAUGCUGACCUCAACUAUGUGAGAUAUGUUCUUGAGCUAUCGGGGUUCAUUGGAAAGGAGUAUGUUAGAACAUGGCAAUCAGAGGACCAGCCAUUGAACCCUUCAAUGUUCGAGGAAGUGGAGGCUUGUUUUCAUCAUGAACCAGGGUGCUCGGGAGAGGCGGAGGCAGGCAAUUGUGAUCACCAGCUUCUGUUUGACUUGGUUAAUGAGGCAUUGCUUGAGAUCUAUGAAAGGUCAUCUGCUUACUGGCCAAAAGCUUUGUCCUUCAGGUGCCGCAUCCAUGCAAUGCCUGUGGGUUACAGUGUUCUUGAAGAGGUCUGGGCGAUUAUUAUCUGGUACCUGAAAUUGAGACCAGAUACGAAACAAUAUUUGGAUUUUGUUGGGCCUCAAGACUUGGGAAAGGGUGAUGGCUGGCAGAACUUCCAAUUUGAAAGUGAGAAUGUGGGCCUUGAAUUGGAGGAUUUGAUUUUUGAUGAGCUCUUAGAAGAGCUCUUAGAAGCUGUAUGUUCUUGAGAUCGUCCUAGAAGGCAAUAAAUGGAGCAGUGAGGGAAAAGGCAAAUAAGUUUUCGAUAAAAAAAAAAUCUCAUUUAUGUUGAUAGUUGGUGAAAAUGUAGAGAGAAUUACUCAUGUUAAAGAAUUUGUGAUACUGCACAAGUUGUACAGAAAUUUUUCUGAUAAUACAAUAUUUAUUGAGCC